GUAUCUGAGCUGGAAAGACAUGUGAGCAUCCUGGUUUCUCCUUUCUUUAUAUAGGUUUCAUCACUUGUAAUCUCUACCAGCAACUGUGGUUAACUUGCUAAUAAUAGAGAAAACCAUCAACAAGGAGAAAAUGACAAAUCUACAAAUGAAAGAGGCAGCCCUUGUCUAUCUUGACAGAAGUGGAGGGCUCCAAAAGUUUAUGGAUGACUGCAAGCACUACAACGAUUCAAACCAAAGUUAUGCUGUCUAUCGGUUCAAUAUUUUAAUAAAUCCCUCUGAUGUUGUAGAGUUAGAUGCUGCACUUGGAAACCACAUUUUACACCAUCCCUUAAAAGCUGCUCAAGUGUUUCAAUCAGUCUGCUUUGUUGCUGUUAAGACUCUCUCAUUAAUUGGACAGUUACAGACUGAAACUCAAAUCAACAUUGUGCUGAAGUUAACUCAUUUACCUCCCCUUCCGAGUUAUAGUCUUGAUCUUUGUGAGUUUCCACUUAAUUAUACAUCUGAAAGAUUUUAUAUGAUGCAAGGAAUUGUGAUUGCAACGACAACUGUAACCAAGUACACACAAGGUGCAAGAUUCCUCUGUUCAGAUGAAGUGUGCCCUCUUUCAAAAGGAUUUCAGUAUAUAAGAGUCCAUGUGCCUGGUGCUACUGAAUCUGCAACAGUAAGAAAUGACUUUUCAUGCAAUCUGUGUUCAUCUUCACUGGAAGAAGACAGAAAAUUUAGAGUACUUGGUGAUAAACAGAUAGUUGAAAUAAUUACCAUAAAAGUGCUUCAUGCUUUUCAAGGAGAUUCUAAAAGCCAGCCAUUUAGGUUUCAGUCACUUAGUAUUUUCCUAAGAGAUGAGCUAGUGGAUAAAAUGAAAAUAGGAAAUGAAUAUAAAAUUAUUGGAAUUCCAGUCUGUGUCAAAACUUCACAAACUGCUCUCUGUAUAGAAGCAAAUAGUAUCACUCCUUAUACAGCAAAAGUUCCUUCAGGAAUUAGUGACAACUUCAGGUGUCUCCUGUCCUUGACUUCCAACUCAUGCUGGAAAUUCACGGCAAUACUUGCCAAUGUCUUCGCCUCGCAGAUCGUCCCUCCUGGGACCUACAAUUUGCUCAAACUCUGCUUGUUGAUGAGUCUAGUACAGACAAGUGACUGCAACAAGGGCUCUGAAGACUGCUUGGAUAUUUUAAUUAUCACCAGUGACAGUCUGCUUGUAGAUAGACUUUUGAAUUACAGCAUGAAUCUUGUCUCCCGUGGUAUACGCCAUCCUGUGUCUACUGAAGUUUUUCCGACUGUGUCCAGAAAUAAAUAUGGAACUGGAGCAGGGAGCAUUCAAGCUGGCAGCGCUCUGCUAGCUAAGGGUGGUGUCUGCUUCAUAGGAGACCUGACAUCACAUAAGAAAGAUAAACUGGAACAGCUUCAGUCAGUUUUGGAGAGCAGAAGCCUUACGGUGUUCAUCCCAGGAAAAAAGUUUGGGGAUGAUGUCGACCAGCAAAUGACAUUUCCUAUUCAGUGCAGCUUUUGGUCUUUUGUUGAUAUGGAUUCAUCUUCAAGGAGAAACAUCCAGAAAACCAGUACUCUGAUUGGCCAGAUGGAUUGCAGUUUGAUCCCAGCUAAUCUUGUGGAGGCAUUUGGAUUGUUGAUUAACUGCAAUGAAUCAUCUCCUUGCCACCCAUGUCUUCCUACUGUGCAACAUACAUUAAAGAAAGCUACGGAUCCUGAAGGGUUGCUGUAUUUAGCUUCUAAACAAUUCACGACUGAAGAUUUUGAAAAGCUAUUGGCUUUUGCAAAGAAUUUGAUUAUGGAAUUCAGCUUGGAGGCCGAAAGAAUGAUUCAUGGUUAUUACCUAGCAAGUCGCAGAAUCAGAACAGAUUCCAUCCAUGGGUCAAAGCUGUCAGCAUCUGCACUAAAACACUUAGUUUCUCUAUCUGAAGCUCAUGCUCGACUGAACUUAAGGAAUAAAGUGCUCAAAGAAGAUGUGCUGAUUGCAGCCUUACUGUUUGAAAUCUCUCUCACGCUGAAAUAUGGGGCUACAGCAUUUUGUGUUGCUCCCAAUGCACUAUUUCCAUUUGAAUUGUACAAUGAAGAAUACUUAGAGCAAAGAGAUCUCUACCUGACUCAGUGCCAACAGCAGCUCCAACAGUUUAUUGCCACAUGUGGACCUGGGACAGCUCUCUUUUCUAGUGAUGAAUAAGCAAUUUGAGCAAAGAAUUGCCUCCCAUGCCUCUACAAGCCUUGCUUAAUGUAUGAGGGAUUUUGGAGUGAUGUAUCAGAUGUGUCUGUCUCAAGCUAUCUAUGAGAAUGUCAGAGUAUGAAAUGUGGCCCCUCCAUAAUCAAAUAUACAAAUAAUCUAAAGCCAGCAACAAAAUUUCAUAUUUAAACAUUAUCAAGGAGAGUCACAUCAAAAACUUUCUGUUCACCCCAGUGUUAUCAAGGAUACACACACAGCAGAGGACAUUACAGUGUGAAAAAGGGUUCUGUUCACGUCACUCAUCAGAAACCAACACAUUACCUAUAAACAUACCAGCUUAUGCUUGUUAAUUUACCAAACUGAUGAAUUCAAAUCACUGAAAUUUUUAUGACCCAAAGUGUCUAAUAUAAGGCCUUUCUAUAUUUUAAACAUGUGCUUUAUGGGUAUUUUGUUUUAUAAGCACAAGCAAAAGUUAAGGAAAACUGGAAAUCUUAUACACCUUUUGUACAACCAGACUUGAAAGAUACUAUUUACCUUUGGGGGCAAAUGGUCUUUCUGCCUCCAAUUAGUUGGUACUAUAGGGUCACACAGUACCUGAUUUGGUAUUCUAGGUACUGGCUCUGAAAGCAAGUUAAUGACAGUACAUACAAAUUAGACCUCUAUUUUGUGCUGUUUCAUAUGUGUGAAAAGUAUAGGUCUCUGGGAUGAAGGCAAAGCAAUUCUUAACAAAAUACAAAUACAAACCACACAAAAUACCUCCCACAACUGCAAAGUCUUAACAUUAGUUUUCUUUUUCUUGGUGAUCAAACCCAGGGCCUUAUGUCAGUUAAGCAAACACUUCCCCAGUGUUUUUUACCCUUUGGUUUUUGGAGACAGGGUUUCUCUGUAGCUUUGGUGCCUGUCCUAACUCAGUCUACAGACCAGGCUGCCUCCCAAGUGCUGGGGUUAAAGGUGUGCACCACAAUCACCCAGCACACAAAGGCUUCAAGUCAUCAGAAUGUUGCUGUAUUUUUGUGAUGUUUCCUAAAUCUAGGGACACAAGAGGCUUACGAUUUAGGGAAGUCUUCACAAAAGAGGAAAUCCAGUUACAGACUUGUCAAGUGGCCUAGGCACUUUCCUUCCUACAGUUUAUGCUAUAGCUACUCACUACUAGUAAUCAUAAUUGUUGACAAAAAAAUAAAUGAAAUCUAUAGCUCAUAAAAGAUAAGAACUUUAUUUUACUAUGAGAACGACACUUUUAGACAUACAUUUUAAAGAAAUUAUUGCCCACUGCAACUAAAAUUCUACAUAUUACUUAAUACCAAAUAAAAUACUAAUUCUCAUCAUUUGUUUCUGUUCACGGUUUCUUGACCAAUCCUUCAUUUUACAUCCAAAAUGUGUGCUGCAGCUCCC